AUGUCGGAGACACCGGAUGCAAGCGUUGCUGUAGAUCGCAUGACGUUGUUUCAGAUUCUUCAGCUCACUUCAGGUUGCCUCAGGCCUGCAUUGGAGACCUUGGCCCCUCUUCGGGCCCGAGUUGCCAUGGAUCCGAAAGCCCGGCGGGCACCGCGGCCGCGCCUUCGGGAGAUUGUGGCGGGCCUGUGCCUGGCCUUGGCAGCGGUGCCGAGCUGUGGCUUCUCGGGGGUCUAUGGGCUCCUUGGGCUCGCAGGCCGUAGCCGCAGCGGUGGGGCACCGGCUGCGCUACGGGCCGUUGCGGUCGAGGAGUCCGUGAAGAGGUCCCCGCCGUGGAAGCCUCCUCGGCCCCCGCUGGUGCCGAUGCUCUUCGAGACUUUCAAUGUAUCAGACAACACCGAUGUCAAGGCGAUCGCCGGGUACAUCUCCGGAGUGCUUGAGGAGUCGGAGGCCCUUCGCAUUGUAGACAUGAAGGUGAUGACUCGGAAGGCUCGGAGUAAGGCCCUCUACAUCCUAGCCUACAUCAAUGCUAAGGAGGUUCGGACCACGGCCCAGAUACUGCCACGACAGCGGGAUGGUCGCUGCAGGCUCCGUGUCAUCCGUGACUUCCCCGUUACCGAAGACCCCGACCCGGCAAUCCUCCGAGUCGGCUCCAACACGAAUGCCACGGCCCUCGCGAACCUUAUCGCGUAUCGCCUGCGCUCCGUGGAGACGAUGGGCGGUGAUAGCCGGGCGAACACUGUGAAACUGGAGCUGCUGGGCACAGCCGCGUCCUCUGUAGCCUUAGUGGCUGUGGAGAAGGCCCACUGUAUGACCUCCCGGGAAAUGGCAGUGGUCGCCCGCUUUGCGAAGAGCGAUGAAGGCGAGGACGAACGGCCGAUCAUCUCUGCCACAGUGACGGCCACGUGA